CGGCCCCGCCCCCGCCGCCGGCCGGUGCGCCGGCAAUCACCACCACACACUCGAAUGUCCCCUCGGGAGGGCACUUCUCGCUGGACCUGUCCCGGCGCAGCGCCUCGACCGGAGGUGCGGCCGCCACACCGUCUCACACCUCCAACACGGCGCGAGGUUUCCUGCGUCUGGUCGAGCGCGAGGCCCUGGACCUGGGCAUCUGGACGGUCGGCGUGUUCGGCCACAUGGAGCUCCGCAAGCGCAAGGUCCUGCAGCUGGCCGGCUAUUCGCUGGCCGAGGAGGGGGAUGUCCGGUGCCCGAGCUUGGCGGCCACCUGCCUGGUGCCGGCGGCCGACGCGCCGGAGCCCACCGAGCGGUCCUGGCUGCCGGUGGACAUACCGGACCGGGUGGAUCUCAGCCGGUCGGCCUGGGCCCACUCGAUCAUCUGCCCCGGGGCCCGGCUGAGCACCGGCGAGAUGCGCCUGCUGCAGGGGCACUCGGCGGCUCUGCGCGACGCCCGAGCCGCCCUGCUCACCGCCAUCGACCGGUGGAAGGGCAUCCUGCGGGACAUGCCGGAGUUGGCGAUGGCCGCGGCGCCGGCCCCCGGCCCCGGGGCCCGCCCGCAUACCGCCCUCUUCCCUCGGCCCCGCCGGGCGGACCCGCUGUCCAACCAGCUGCUGUGUGAGUGCCAGCUGGCCAGCGGCGGUGCCACCGCGGCCCUGUCCAGUGCGUGUCCCUUCCCCCGGGGCCCGGCCGAGUGGGGCCCCUUCGACGGGCCCGGCUGUGUGGCCUGCCUCUUCCUCCGGCUCAAGGAGACGGCCGAGUCCUUUGAGACCUACAUCCGGUGGCUGCGCCACCAGAAGGAGGGCACCGGCGGCACCGCCGCUCGCCUGGCCGAGCUGGCUCUUGAGCAGGAAAAGCGCCGCGCCGGGAGUCCCCCGCCGGCGCCCAAGCAGGCGGAUCCCUCGCCGGCGGAGGAAUUGCCGCCCCCGCGGCCGCGCCCGGCCAGGCGCGGCCGCACAGGCAGUUCCUAGCCCGCUGGCUGGCCACCGGAAGAGGAGGCGCCCGGGCGCCCGGCGAUCCGACACCACGAGAAGGCAAGAGAAGGGGCCGGCGCACGCCGCGCCACACCGGACAAGGACGCGACAAUGCCCCCCCCCCCCCUCCCCCCAAGGUGCCAAGGCUGAAAGUAUGCCGCUCGUGGGAGAAUGUGUGCCCUUCUCCUCGUCGGCUUUCCCGUGUAAUGCAUGCUCCCCUUGUGAUGCGAAA